CGGAGCGGCCGCCGCUCUCUCGGGGGAAGGAGCUGCCCUGUGCCCGCCGUGCCAUGGAGGACUUGCUGCCCUCGGGCCUGCUGGAGGUCUGCCUGCUGGUCGGUGUGCCCCGGGAGCGGGUGCGGGCGCUGCUCCAGGGCACUCAAAGAAAACCCAAAAGCCUUGAUCCAGAAGUCCUCUCUGUAUUUGUGCCUCCAUUUAUCAGCAGAGAUGACGUUCAGGUGCUUCAUGGUGGCAAUAACUUGAAUAAAAGUAAACGCAGGUCCUUCCGAAAGAAGAAGGAGAGACCCAAGAUGGAAAACGUCAAGAGCAUCAAUGGGGAGCAGAAAGCACCUGACACAGAAGAUGUUACAGUUCCCAAGGACAUUGAUCUUGUUGCUCUGCCACAGCUGUGCUUCCCAGGAGGACUUUAUGUAACUUCUGAAUCAAAAGAGGACCACAUUCAUUUCCUGGUCUUCACUGACGUCUGUGGUAACAGAACAUACGGUGUUGUUGCACAGCACUACCAGCCCAUGCAAGAUGGUUGGAUCUCCUGGAACGGGCAGGCCCACCGGGAAUUGGCGCAGAUUGGGAAGGUGCCGGUCUGUUUUGUGCCAUUUGCUGUUUGUGUUAUAUCCAGAUAUCCAUAUUUUAAUGCCCUCAAGGAUUGUCUCUCUAGCUUACUGGUGCAUCUACGACCUUUCAAGGAUUUAGAUAUUGAGGAGCACAUAAAAGAAUUUGCAGCAAAGCUGUUUUUAAUCCCCAGCCCGCCACCAGGACCACUCCACUUGGUAUUUAAUAUGAAACCACUUCAGAUAAUAAUUCCUUCACGAGAGGAUCCGGACAGUCCAAUUAUUGACUUGGAUCUUCAUCUUCCAUUGCUUUGUUUCAAGCCAGAGCAGGUGCUGCAGAUUAUGACCUGUAUUUUGACUGAGCAGAGAAUAGUUUUCUUCUCUUCUGACUGGGCUCUGCUGACACUCAUUGCUGAAUGCUUUAUGUUGUACCUUCACCCUCUGCAGUGGCAGCACACUUUUGUGCCUAUCCUGUCUCGUCAGAUGCUGGAUUUUGUGAUGGCUCCAACAUCUUUCCUUAUGGGAUGUCAUAUUGAUCAUUUUGAUGAAGUCAGCACAGAAGCUGAAGAUUUAAUUCUAAUUAAUAUAGAUAAUGGAGAUAUCAGCCAUUCAAAAAUGGCUGAAGAGGAACUUGAGAUUCCAGAUGUUCCAGCACAAGCAGCGGAAACUUUCAUAAAAAGAGUGGAGAGUCUCCAGCUGCAUUAUGAUCUGGAGCUCUGCCACCUCCGAGCCAGCACAGACCUUGUUGAGCUCCAAACUCGCAGAAGGGCUUGGCAGCAGAAACUCAACAUGGAGGUUCAGCAAACCAUGCUGCAGUUAAUUGUUAAUAUCUUCAGGGAGGUAAAAGACCAUCUAAAUUAUGAACACAGGGUGUUUAACAGUGAAGAAUUUCUGAAAACAAGGGCAAUCAGAGACCAACCAUUUUACAAAAAGGUUUUAGAGACCUACAUGUUUCACUCUUUCCUGAAAGCUCGUCUGAACAGGAAGAUGGACGCCUUUGCUCGACUCGAGCUGAGCACCCAAUCUGAAGAGGACAGGUUUGAUUUGGUGUUUCACACCCCCAGAAGGCUGACGAUGGAGAAAAUGGCUUCCAAACGCCUCACUCCGGAGCAGAAGAUCAGCCGGCGCAUGGUGAUGAGUUUGCCCAACCUGCAGGACAUCAAACUGCCAGAGGGCCCCACCAGAAACUCCUCACUUAGAAGAACAGGAACAGGUGUUGUUGCUGUGAAAAUGCCCUCCAAAUCCAUCAGCACCUUCAAAAUCCCAGAAAUCCAUUUCCCUCUGAUGUUCCAGUGUGUUCACUCCUACUACACAGACUUCUUCAACCACCUCAGCGAAGCCAUCAACAGCUCACCCCCCGAGAACUCCGCGUUGCUGGCAAGGUACUUCUACCUCCGGGGACUUAUUAGCUUGAUGCAAGGGAAACUACUAAAUGCACUUUCUGACUUUCAGAACCUAGAAAAAACAGACUUAAGAAUUUUCCCCACUGAUCUUGUAAGAAAAAUAGUGGAGACCAUGCCUCCCUCGGAGUGCUUGCAGGCAGACCGCAAACCCGAGCUCAAGAGGCUGAUAAGCCGAGUGAUGGAAAAACAAAGGGAAGUUCUGAAAAUAGAUGACCACGUGAAAAAUUUCGAGUUGCCAAAAACACACAUGCAGCUGGAUGACUUUGUGAAGAGGAUCCAGGAAUCUGGGAUCGUCAGGGAUAUAGACACUAUCCACCGGUUAUUUGAUGCCCUGACAGUGGGACAGCAGAAGCAAAUUGAUCCUGAAACAUUCAGAGAUUUCUACAACUACUGGAAAGAAACUGAAGCAGAAGCUCAAGAGGUGAAUCUGCCACCAGCAGUGAUAGAGCACCUGGAUAAAAAUGAGUGUGUCUACAAGUUAUCCUGCUCAGUGAAAACCAACUGUGGGGUGGGGAAAAUAGCUCUGACCCAAAAGCGCCUGUUCCUGCUGACUGAAGGGGGGUGUCCUGGCUAUGUCCAGAUUGCUGCUUUCAGGGAUAUAGAGGACGUUAAGAGCACGACCGUAGCUUUCCUUCUGUUGAGAAUACCUACUCUGAGGAUUAAAACAUUAUCUAAAAAAGCAGUCUUUGAAGCCAACCUUAAAACUGAGUGUGAUCUCUGGUACCUGAUAGUGAAAGAAAUGUGGGCUGGAAAGAAAAUGGCAGAUGAUCACAAGGAUCCUCAGUAUAUUCAGCAAGCACUGACAAAUGUUCUCCUGAUGGAUGCUGUGGUUGGUGCCCUGCAGUCCUCCAAAAGCAUCUAUGCAGCCUCUAAACUGUCUUACUUUGACAGGAUGAAAAAUGAAGUGCCUAUGAUGGUCCCCAAAACAACUUCAGAGACAUUAAAGCACAAGAUCAACCCCUCAGCUGGAGAGACAUUUCCACAGGCAAUAGAUGUGUUGCUUUAUACUCCAGGGCACCUUGACCCUUCAGAAAGACUCGGCAACGCUCACCCAAAACUCUGGUGUGCUUUAAAUGAGGGGAGGGUGGUGGUCUUUGAUGCCUCCACCUGGUCUAUCCAGCAGCACUGCUUCAGAAUGGGCCAUUCUAAACUGACUUGUAUGGUCAUGGUGGAACAGAGCCAAGUGUGGAUUGGUUCUCAGGACUCCAUUAUUUAUAUAAUCAACACCCACAGUAUGUCCUGUAAUAAACAACUGAAUGAUCAUCGCUCUGAUGUUACAGACAUCAUUGUGGAGAGCAAGAAUGGAACACCCAGUGAAGCCUACUCCAGCAGUUUAGAUGGAACAGUGAUUGCUUGGAACGUCAGCACUCUGAAAGUGAACCGUGUAUUUCAGCUGCCCUGCCAAAAUCUCACCUCUAUCAAGCUGCAGAAUGACCAACUGUGGUGCUGUACCAGGAGUUGCAUUCUUGUGAUGUCAACUCAUGAGUUUCAGCUGCAGAUGAAAAUCGAGCAUCACCUGGAGGAUGUGUGUGCCUGUUUUCUUGGCUUCCAGCUCUUUCCUGAGAGAGAUGAAAUGUGGGCAUUUUACUCAGGGAGCAGUGACCUGUACAUUUGGAACACCAAAGACCUUUCAAGUACCCCUCAGAAGAUCCAUCUUCAAGAUUGCUCUGAGAUCACUUGUAUGAUAAGAGUUAAAAAUCAGCUGUGGGUUGGCAGCAGUGGGAAGCUGCAAGGCAAGAGCAAAGGGAAGAUCUACGUGGUCAGUGCCGAGAGGAGGAGCGUGGAGAAGGAGCUGGUCGGCCACGCGGCCGCGGUGAGGGCGCUGUGCUCGGCCGAGGACAGGUACGUCCUCAGCGGCUCUGGAAGGAGGAAGGCAAGAUUGCCAUUUGGAAGGCUGGAUAGACAAGCUGUUCAAGUGUGUCUGCCUGUGCUGGGAAAAGGUGAAGACCUCAGACUUGUGUUUACUCCAGCAUUUGGCGUCUCUUUCAACCACCUGUCAGUGUUAUUGUGUUGUAUUUAUUGAGUUAUUUCAGUCCCUACAUUGUUGUGGAAAAUGGAAUCGAACCAAAUCUCCCUCCACCUGGUUCUGCUCCUGCACGUUUGAUAAAGGAAUGGAAGUGUGAGCAGGGGGGUCACUGGCUUCAGACUGGACACGAGGUGGUGUGGAGGGUCAGGGUUCCAGGCCAGACUGCCUGGUGCAGGUCAUGUUGGGAAUGCUGGAGCCAGCUCAGCAUUCCAUGGAGCUCUCUCUGGGCAGUGCAGGGUUGCCUAAAAAUGGGACUUGAUGCUGUCUUCACAGCCUGGAAUAGCUGGAAAUGGGCACUGAAAGGCAAAACCCGAGUGCACUUGUACUUGUGGAAUUGCUGUCAGUGCUGAGCUUGGAGCUGUGGCUGGGCAGAGCAUCCCUACCCUUGGUGGGAUUUAUGGGGCUGUUUUGUUUAAAAUGCAGACACUGACGGGCUCUCCCCCAAAGCGCUGAAAGCUCCUGCAGCUGAGACAAGAUACUGGGAUAUUUUCAGUGAUCGUUUUACUUUUUAAACUUGUUUUCCUUUAAAAGCAAUGCACAGCACUUGGCGUUUCUAAAAGUUUGUGAAACUGAAUAUUUUUAUCUGGAGCACUAAUUUAUUUAAUUCCUGUAUAUUUGCUUUUGGAAGCACCUCUCACUCCCUAUGCAAACCAACCCCUGCCCCUCCUCCCUUCAGUCCCUCUUUCUGCAACUGGAGGAACUGCUGUUAUUUUGGGUAGAACCUGCUUCAUUUUUGAAUUCUGCAGGGUCCUCAAACUCUUCCUCCACCCCUGGAGUGAGCACCACUGGGCUGCAUCCUGGGGGAUUCUCCAGAGCAGCAUUCCCUGAUCCCUGGCUGAUGCACAGUGGUUUUUCCACUGAUGACAAUACAAGUAAAACAAUAAAUACAUGCAGAGUAGUUUACCUGUAUCAGUGCUGAGUACAGUGGAAAAUAGUGUUUAAAAUACUGUAAAUAGAAGGACAAAAAAUGGGCUGCUACUUUGUUAAUACAAAUAAGCCAGUGUAGGGCUAAUAGAAGGGUAAAUGACUGGAAAUGUACUCCAUGUAAUAUUUCUGCUGAUAAAAGUUUUUAUCAUAUGAUGG